AUGAAGGACUCUCUGGAGGGGGAGAUGCUGAUGAUCGAUAACCUGUCGGGGUCCGUGUUCCACCACUACUCCGCCUCCCCCCCGCUCUGCAAGUGCUUCAAGGGCCACCCGCCAGAGGUACUCCGCCACCAGGGGGCAGCGGCUGGGCUCGCACACUCUACACGAAACAUGGCUUCCUCUGAGCUCCUCAUGCCUCUGAGCUCCUCAUGCCUCUGGGCUCCUCAUGCCUCUGAGCUCCUCAUGCCUCUGGGCUCCUCAUGCCUCUGGGCUCCUCAUGCCUCUGAGCUCCUCAUGCCUCUGGGCUCCUCAUGCCUCUGGGCUCCUCAUGCCUCUGAGCUCCUCAUGCCUCUGAGCUCCUCAUGCCUCUGGGCUCCUCAUGCCUCUGAGCUCCUCAUGCCUCUGGGCUCCUCAUGCCUCUGCUGGCUCCUCAUGCCUCUGAGCUCCUCAUGCCUCUGA